AUGGCAGUCAAAUUUUGUCACCAAAUCAACUUUGGAACCACCCCAUCUUGUGGUCUAAAUCUGGAGCUCCAGAUUAACGGUAAAGCCUGUGAUCAGUUCUACGUCGAGCGGGUGAGCUUUGACAAGAAUUACCAUCCUCACAAAACCGAGCUUACAAGAAUUUCCAAUCGUGCUCUCUUGGUCGUCUCUGAUUCUAUCGAUCGCCAAAUCCGGGCAUGGAAUUCAGGAAAGCUUUUCAAACCAACUUAUCGGAAAAACAUCACAAAUUUUGUAUUCAUAGGGGCUUUUGUUUCGGCUUGCUUCUGCGUAGGAGCUCAAUCGUUUUUUUCCGGAUGCAGGCUUCCAUUUCAAACUAUCUAA